AUGGUCGUCCUCUCAGCCGCUAUCUGCACUCGCAGCGGAAAGCCCCUGCUCGCGCGCAACUUCCGCCCCUUGCCGCGGUCCCGGAUAGAUGGCCUCCUCGCUGCCUUCCCAAAGCUCAUCCCGGCCAACUCGCAGCAUACCACCGUGGAGACCGCGGAUGUCCGCUUUGUAUAUCAGCCAUUCGAGGAGCUGUAUGUCCUGCUCAUCACCAACAAGGGCAGUAACAUCUUGCAGGACAUUGCUACCCUCAACUUGAUUGUCCGGAUCAUUUCAUCUCUUACACCCGCCAUGUCCGAGCCGGCAAUCCUACACCACUCCUUCGACCUCUUAUGCGCAUUCGACGAGGUCGUCUCGCUCGGAUACAAGGAGAACGUCUCGCUCGCGCAGGUCCGGAACGUCCUCGAGGGAGAGUCGCACGAGGAGAAGAUCCAGGAGAUCAUUGCGCGCAACAAGGAGGCGGAAGCAAAGGAGGAGUUGAAGCGGCGGGCAAAGCAGCUCGAGAUGCAGCGGAGGGAGCAGCAGCGCGUCAACCAGGCGACAAGGGGGUAUGGGGGCGGUAUGGGCAACGGAGGUGGCAGCGGAGGAAUGGCGGGUGGAUACACGCCGGCACCGAGGUUCGAGGCGAGCGUGCCAGAGUACAGGACACCAAGUCCCGCGGCGCAGCCGUCAGUCCAGAAGCCGGCGUUCAAGGGUACAGGGAUGAAGUUGGGCAAGAAGAAGGGGAGCGAGUUGACUUCGGUCCUGGGUGGAGAGGUCGAGAGGGAGGAGGAACCACAACCGGUGCCGUAUCAGCGGGUGCCGGAGCCAGAACCCGCCGCGGUGGAAGUGUCUGCGGAUAUCAUCGAGAAGGUCGAGCAGAAGAGUGUCCACGUUACCAUCAAAGAAACACUAUCCGUCACACUCCUCCGGGACGGCGGGUGCCAAAACCUCGAGCUCAAGGGCGACCUGGAUCUGCGCGUCUCGGACGCUGCAGUGUCCAAAAUCCGCCUCACACUCGCCUCUAAUGACUACGCCGACCUCCAAUUCAAGCAACACCCCAACGUAGCCAAGUUUACCCCCUCCGGCGAUAAGGUCAUUGCGCUCAAAGACCCCUCGCGCGCCUUCCCGGUCGGUCAGGGGCUGGGUGUGCUCAGAUGGCGCGUGGCAGGCAAGGAUGAGAGCAGGGUACCGCUGAACGUCACCGUCUGGCCGCAGCCGAGAGGAGAUGGGAGUAGCGACGUGGCGGUAGAGUAUGAGCUGGAGGCGGGGCAUUUGGACUUGCAGAAUGUCGUCAUUUCUAUUCCUAUCCCAGCCGACGCCCUCCCAUCCGUCUCCACCCCAGACGCAGAUUGGUCGGCCGACCGCGCCGCCUUCCUCUGGACGAUCCCCUCCAUCUCGUCCGAAAACCCCUCGGGCUCCCUCGAGUUCAAGUGCGAGGGUGACGCAGACGCCUUCUUCCCUGUCAAUGUCGGCUUUGUCGCCGCGGGCUCGCUGGUCGGUGUGGAUGUGGCGCGGGCGAAUUUGAUUGAGGGCGGGGCGGAGGCCGAGUUCUCGAUGGAUAGGGUGUUGACGGUGGACAAGUAUGAGAUCAUUUAG